GGGGAGGAGGUGGGGGAUGAUGAGGAUGAGGAGGACCUGUACGCCCCGCUGGGUGUAAAUGAUGAAGACUAUGACACCAUCUUGACCUCCAGCGGCGCCGUUGUUAUUGCUAACAGACCACCAGCGCCCACGCCCCGGCCCGAGACCACCCCUGUCAAAGAGGACAGCACCCCCUUUAUAGCUCAAGGUAGGACUAGACCUCUGGGUUGUGUUCAACAGGCACGAAACAGGAGAAAACGGAUUGAGAUAGAGAAGGUCCUACAUUAACUUGUCCAAUGAGAACGAUCAUUGUCUUUUUCCGUUUCAAAACGUUGAACUACAUUGUGCCCUAUUGAACUUGACCUUGGGUUGCUGGUAUGUUUAUGCUGUGACUGGUGAGUAUUGCGCAUGAGUGAUAGAAGAUCUCAUCAGGUGCCAGUGCAAUGCAACACAUUGUUUUUGUAAACUUCAAGGGAAGUUGGUUGCUAGUCCCAGACAGUUGAGUCUGAUGAUAUGCACUAAAUAUUUCCUCAACCAACAGGGGAAUAUGUAGCAGAUGUGAAACUAGCAUGUGAGGACCGCUAAGACAAAGACAGAACUGACUGUUACAAAUACACAGAUCCAGAUUCGCUGGCAUGGGAUUCUUAAAUGUUCAAUUUGAGCUGUGUAAAUAAUACAAGAGGAUGAAGCUACUGAUAUUAAGGGUUUAUAAAUAAUUUAUGUUUUCUUGAUUUCUUUCUUUCUUGUCUGCCAAAAAGACAUUGCCUUUCAUUCCAGUUCUCUUUUCCCUCUCUUUGAACUGUGGACUGGAUCCUAAACUCUCUCAGUGCUUUGUGGGAAAGGUGAUAACUUGGUUGGGGUUGGACAGGAGGAAAUGUUAUGUCUUGGUCAUUAGUCUUUGUUGUGCACUGUAAGGGAGUCAGGUCGUGGCUGGUCCUCCGAUCAAUUAUAAGGGUUAUCUGUCCUACUUGAAGACUCUUGAAAACAUGCAAUUCCAUAAGCAACACUAACUGCCAAUCUGCAGUAUAACGGGCCCAAAAGUAUUUAUCUUGGUAAUGAAUGUGAUGUUAUUGUGUGAACCACCACUUCUCCCCGAGCUUUCAGCCCUGCCCAUAGAACCUGAAGCCUAGCAAAAGCAGAUUACACUGCAUCACAAAUGUCUCAAUAACAGAAGCCCAACUACUGUGCCUGGGCCACAUUCUGCAACCAAUCUGGGCCAUUCUCGGGUCAAGCCAGCAGCAUCGGUCAUUACACGUGUUUUCCAUUGUUCAUGUUCCCCGACAUGAGACAACAGAGCAUGGGAGAGAACGCGUAGGGGAAUCCAGAGAUUUCCAAGCAUUAAUACAGUGGAGUCUUUCAACCAUGCACUGAUCAUAUUGCCUCCCCCCACUAGUGAAUGCAUCACAGUGACUUAAAGACAUGCUCCGGUACUUUUUUAAACCUCCGGCUUUGGGCAGGAUGUGUCAAUGUGUAGUUCAUAUAUGCAUAAUCUAUGAGCAGAAUUACCUCAAUUAGCCACGAAAUCUCUAGUUUGAAAGUGCCUGUUUUCUUGAAGCUGUGCAGUGCCAUUUACCCUACAUUUUCUCCCACGUGGGCCAGCUCCCUAGCAAUUUGAGUUCUAGCCAAUUAACUGUAGCCCCUCGCAUUUGAGUGAGAGAGAGAGAUGACGUGGUGCACAUAUGUGAUGUAGUACGCAAUUUUUGGGGACCACUUUUGGCUCGUGAGGGCUACUUUCAGAUCUACUGUAUACAAAAAAAGUAUACAACAGUACCGGAGAAUCUCUUUAAAGAAAUGCCUGAUUUAAAGAAACUGGAGGAGGGUUGGAGUGGAGGAUUAGGGACUUUGCCUAGUGCUUGAGUGCACUGCACAGCUAGAAGUAAUGGACAGAAGUUUAGUUUUUUACCUGCCGUUCUGACUGGUAAGAUUAUUGUAGUCAGUAUGUGGAGGAAGGAUAAUUAGUGUAUGAGGGAGUGUCUGCAUCUGAAAUGGCAACCUAUUAUCUAAAGAAGUGCACAACAUAGCAAAUGGGGUACCAUUUCAGUUGUAACCUAUGAGUGUGUUAGUGGGUACAGUACAUGUGGGUAUGCUUGUGUGUACAAGUGGGUGGGUAUAUCUUCAGGAGGGAAAUGAAACUUUGAAAUCUGAGGAGAUGACUGGGCCAGAACCCUAAAGAGUCUCCAUUAUCCAUCACCCUGUCAACACCAUAAGUGCAGAGAAGUGGCUCCCUCAGCUAAAUAAAGCAACAUAUCAUUCUAAGUACUUACUAGCCAAUCGAUAGCAUUGAGUGUAUCCUUCAGUUGGAUUCAAUUCAGCUUCAUGGAUCUGUAUGUCUUUUACCAAACCUUGGAAGAAGGCUAUUUUAUCGAAAAUAAAAUGUACAUAAUACAUACUAGUACGAAUUUUACUCUGUCAUUCACUUUAGAGUAAAUAUUAUAAUGUAUCAGUUUGUACAAAUAUGCAGUUGUGCAGCCUAUUUGUGUACAUUGACUAGUCUACCUCUGUGCUAUUUGUUUGUAAAUGGCGCCAUCUUGUGGAAUAGCAUGAAAUAGUAGACUCAUUAAGGGUAGAGGGGAAAAAACACAUCAUUAGCAUUUGUAGUGUCAGUUCAUCACGUCUGUAUUGUCUCUGAUGACAGCGUGUGUUUUGCAGUGUUCCAGAAGAAGAUGUCACAGAGCGAUACUGAAACACUGUAUUCUCUACCCACUAAGCAAGGUAAGGCCAGGCAACAGUCAUAAAGUAUAUUUCUGUAGGUCUGCAUUUACGGUUGAAUAGGUCAGUGAUGCAAAGUAUAUGGAGCAAUGUUGAUUCAAUCAUUUUAAUGGCACUAUCAUUCCAUAAGUAUAGUCUAUUGACAAGUUCUGUCAAACUGGAAAAGGAUUUGUUACUGUACAUCUGGUGGAAAGGGGUUGAUUUAAAUCUCCCUGCCAUUCUGUUAUUCUGUAGCACGCGGGCGAGAAAACAUCUCCUCCACAUAUGACACGUUUGUGCCCAACCAGCCACCUGGGCUGGAGCAGCUGAUUGAGCUACAGGAGAAGGUGAAGAGCGGGUCUCUCAGUAUGGACGAGGCUCUGGAGAGGUUUAGUGACUGGCAGAGGGUCCAGAAGGGAAUGGACGCCAUUCAACAGGUAAUAUUGUGGGGAAAUUAGUCUGUGUUUUAAGACCAUUCUCAUUAGGAGUAGUGCCAUCAACCAUAAAAUGUAGACUCAAUAAUAUGACAUCAUCAUACACAGUGGGCCAAGUUCCUGCUGACAGAUGUCAACAACAACAGAAUACAAGACUGGAACUAUUGGCUCUUCCCAAAGUGGGCAUGCCUUAGCCUGAAAGUCAGUCUGUUUGUGCUAUCAUACAUCAAGCUAGCAUGCCUCUAG